UUUUAACACAGCUUAUCUGAAUGAAACAGGAAUCUUCAUCGCAAGAGCAGAUAGCAAGAUAUGGAUUACCCUUAUAAUGGCCGCCGUUGCUGGAAUUCUUCACUGGUGCCAUAUAACAGCUCUCUUUGAAAAUGACCGCCACUUUUCUCAUCUUUCAACCCUGGAAAGGGAAAUGGCUUUUCGAACUGAAAUGGGUCUUUAUUAUUCUUAUUUCAAGACCAUCACUGAGGCACCAUCCUUUCUGAAUGGAGUCUGGACGAUUAUGAAUGACAAGCUAACUGAGUAUCCUCUUGUAAUCAACACAUUGAAACGAUUUAAUGUCUAUCCAGAGGUUGUUGUAGGCUUUUGGUACCGAUUAUACACAGAAACGAUGAAUGUGCUGGGUAUUCCGACAAAGAAAUGUUGGACAGUGAAUAGAGGAGAAGACCUCAGUCCUGUUGAGAGCUGUGAAGGGUUGGGAGAUCCUGCUUCUUUUUAUGUGGCUAUGAUAUUUCUUCUGAAUGGAUUAAUGGUGUCAGUAUUCUUCCUAUAUGGCACAUACCUAAGUGGCAAUAGGUUUGGAGGACUACUUACAGUGGCAUGCUACUUUUUCAACCAUGGGGAGAGUACUCGUGUGAUGUGGACUCCCCCUCUUCGUGAAAGCUUUUCAUAUCCGUUCCUUGUGGUUCAGAUGCUAUUACUAACCUACAUUCUCAGGACUCAGAAUGUUAAUAGAAGAAGCCUGAUUGCACUAUCUGUUUCUAAUGUUUUUUUCAUGCUUCCGUGGCAGUUUGCUCAGUUUGUUCUUCUAACACAGGUGGCAUCAGUUUUUGGAAUUUAUAUUUUAGGAUUGAUUGAUUCAUCCAAACUACAGAAGAUACUUUAUGCACAUAUGGGUAUUCUUGAACUGGGUCCUAAAUACAUCCUGAAAAUGUGUAGUAGAAGAGGUAUCAGCAUAUGGGCCAUUGAAGGAUUUUCUUGCUUUUUGGGGACAAUUACCUUGAAGUUCUUGAUGUGCCUAAUAUUUGGAACAGCUGAUGAUGCUCAUAUAAGCAACCUGCUGAAGGCAAAAUUUACUGGUUAUAGGGAUUUUCAUACUUCAAUGUACACAUGUGCUGUGGAGUUUGAUUUCAUGGAAAAACAGACUCCAGUAAAGUACAUGAAGACACUUCUGCUUCCGAUAGUUCUUGUUGUUUUUUCAGUAAUUGUUAUGAAGACAUUUCAACAUGUUGUGUGUCGCAAGGAAUUAUCUGAAAGACAGGAGGAAAAUUUCAAUCAUGGGGAGAUAGUAUACCAUGCACUGCAGCUUAUAUUUUUUACUGUUCUUGCUAUUUUAUUUAUGAGACUAAAGCUGUUUCUGACACCUCAUAUGUGCAUCAUGGCAUCCUUGAUAUGUUCAAAGCAACUGUUUGGAUGGCUGUUUAGCAAAAUCCAGCCUGGAACACUUGUUCUUGCGAUUUUAGCAAUGAUGGCAUUUGAAGGGGUAGCAAACCUUCAAAGAGAAUGGAGCAUUGUGGGAGAAUUUAGCAACUUGCCCCAGGAAGAGCUACUGUUAUGGAUAAAAGAAAAGACCAAACCAGAUGCUGUUUUUGCGGGUCCAAUGCCUACAAUGGCAAGUGUAAAAUUGUCUGCUCUUCGGCCUAUCGUGAACCAUCCUCAUUAUGAAGAUGCAGGUUUACGGGCAAGAACGAAAACAGUUUAUUCCAUGUAUAGCCGAAAACCAGCAAAAGAAGUUAAAAGGGAAUUGCUGAAGUUGGGAGUAAAUUACUACAUUUUAGAAGAUUCUUGGUGCCUGAGGAGAUCUAAGCCCGGCUGCAGCAUGCCAGAAAUCUGGGAUAUAGAAGAUACUGCCAAUGCUGGAAAAGUUCCCUUAUGUACCCUCAUGAGCAUGGAUUCCAGGCCAUACUUCAGAACCGUCUUCAACAACAAUAUAUACAAAGUAUUAGAAGUUACCCGGGAAUGACUCUUCAGUGCAACGCAUUUUCUGACAGUAUAUGUAUUUUUAAACUGGCAACUAAGUAAAAGAGAGCUCUCAGUUCAGUGUCCAUUAAAACCAACAGGACUUUUGACAUUCAUUUUAAUGGAUUGCACCAUUAGACAUAGGCUGCGUUCCAGAGAAUUCUAUGCUCAGGAAGUUCCUUUGUCAGUUGUAGCAACCAAAGCUUUGUGCCUACAUAGGCUCUAUCCCUUUUUCAUAUUUUAAACUGUGUAGCUGCAUAUAGGGCUACUUCAUUGGAUCAGCCUUAAAUGGUGAGUCCAGUUAUAUUUAUUUGGAAAUACAUUCCAUUGAUGUAAAUGAUAACGGCUUCUGAAUAAAUAUGUUCAGAAUUGGAAGCGCUAGGGUGCCAGGAAAUAUAGUAUACUGCAGGGAAUACUAAACUUUUACAAUGAGGACAUUUUUAAAAUAUUCUCAGUCGUAGACUUGGGUCAGUUCUUUAAAAUUUGCUAUGCAAAUGUUUAUGUGUUCAAACAUUUUUAAAUAAAUAGUGAUCCAAAGCAAGUGAGCAAAAAUGGCUGUGGAAAAGUAUGCCAGGUUUCAAAAUCAGUGAAAUUGCAGAGACAGAUGAUCUUUCCUAGUAUAGUCAGUGCAUCUUUCAACCCGAAAUAGCUAAGAAGGCGCAGCAUUCCAUACACAGUCGCCACAUUAUAUUGCUAACCCCAUUCCCCCAGCAUGCAUCUCAUAUUGCACCUUUUAUGAAUAUGUAUAUUUUUUGUGAAGGAAUUGGAUAGUUUCCACUAUCUCAUUUAUGUGCAAGUGGCUGUUUUUAUGAAAACCGAUGAAAAAUCCCCAAUGUUUUAGGUCAUUUUAGAGCUAGGUAAUAUAUUUUCAGUUUUUGUUCUACAUGGAAAUUAUUCUGAAUAACUUUGAAUUUCAUAUUUUAGAUGGCAAAUGUGCACAAUCCACAAUCUUCAGCCUUCUUUUUAAAGUAGUUGCUAAAAUCAGACCAAUGAAACUAAUUUUAGUAAGCAGUAUUUUUGCUACCAGCUGUUGAAAUGGUUUAUCACCAAAGUAGACAAAACUUAACAAAUUUUGCACAUAUGAAAUAUUAACAAGGAAAAAGUUUUCAGGGUUUAGAAAAAUCUUUUUAUGCUUUGGCCUUAAUUUAGUAAUAGAACAUAUUUUGCCUACCUUGUAGAAAGAAAGUCUAAAUUGAUAGGAAAUAACAUUCCCUGAGAAACAAAAUGUAACCACUAGAGCAAUGUAAAAUAAAUGGAAAUAAACUCAUUUCAAUUUUUGUGGCUCUUUUAUACAUCUUAGAAUAGUUAAUUUAUGUAAAAGUAAAACUAAUAGUUUGGCAAAUAUUAAAUAAACUACAACAGUAUUUUUGCCAUUUUAAAAAAACCUGCCACGUAUUUUGAUUUCUGCUUUUAGUGAGAUUCUGAUGAUGAUGCACAGCUCCACUUCAGGCAGGAAUUCACUUUUUUCAUUGGUAGAGCAAGACUGUCAUAUGCGUGAGGUGGGGGAACACUCUGCCAAAAAGGCAAUAUGAAUUCUGUUUAUGCAACAGCUACUAAAAAACAUUGCAAAUCAUCUAGAUAAGGAACCAUCUGGAAAACUGUUUGUUCAGCUCUCUGUUGAAUUUUAACUUCUGUACUGCAGGCACAGCUUUGUCUGUGACUUAAAUGUAGUAAAUUCUGCAGCAAGAAGCAUAAUUUAUUACAUAGACUAUUAAAGUGGAUUUCAAGAUAGUGAUAUAAGAAGGAUUAGCCAUAUUUUGGUUGUGUCUCACAUUGAUUAAAAUGAGGAGAGCUAAAGAAACGGUUUUAAUUGAUUUUUUUUAAAAAAAACAACCUCAUUUUGUUUCCUAUUUGUUAAGACUACCACUAAUGAGGAUUGGGCUGUGGAAAAUUAACAUUCAAGAAGAUGUCUUUUGUAAUUAUAUUACAGCACAAAAAUACUGUAUUUUUAUGCAUUUUAUGCCAAUUGUUGAUGUUCGUGGUUAAAAUAAAAGCUUUGUUCAUA